AUGGAGGCUCUGAAGGAGGAGCAAGCCGCUCAAGAAGAGGAGCUCGAUGGCGACGAGGCGCAGCGAAAGCCGGUGGUCAAGGACCAAGAUGCACCUCCCAAGCCCACGACGGUUGCCAUGACGCCAGCCAAGGUCGCCGCUUGCCUGGUGGAUGUGCUCUCCACCCUCCGAUCCGCCUGCCGCGAUGCCGAUCGGAAGCCUUUGGCCAACGAUGCCAAGGUGGUGCGAAGGGCCUCCUCCAAGGCCUUUGGCGCAGAGGCAGAAGCUGCGCCCAGUGGCACAGUGCCGGAACCAGUGGUCGUUGCGGAUGCCACGGUUGCAGAGGGAGGACCGGCUCCUGAGGAUCCUCUGCCAAGCAACGGCGCUGCUGAGGUCUCGGAGGCCCUGGUCGCAGCAGAGCCCGCCGCCCAAGCAGCCUCGGUCGACGUGACGAUGGAGGGCGCGCCCGGAGGUGCAGCGGAAAAGCCAGCCGAAACUGCCCCGGUUUUUGGCGAAGAGCCCUGGCGCAAGCCGCUUGUGGCCGGGCUCGAGAAGGCCCGACGUUGCGAGGCCUUCGUCGCCGCCUUCAGGUCUGCUCUUCCCAGUCUCGACCCAAUGGUUUGCGAUCUGAAGAUGCUGACGGUGCACCAGGUGCGAACCUUGCGAGACGAGAUCGCAAAGUUCGAAAAGGUGGAGACGCUGCGCAUGGCCGUCGCCAUGAUCAGGGAGGUGAAAGCUACAGUCGCCGAAGUAGAGGCCUUGGCAGCGCCGGCGGCCCCCGCGGAGGCGCCGCCCGCGGCGCCGGCGGAAGCAGCAGCGCCCGAGCCGAUGGAGGAAGUCGACACGAAGCCAGAUGCCGAUGAGCCGAUGCCUGCGGCCUCUUCGGCCCCCGGCGACGAGGCCCAAGCAGUGGCCGAGACCCCGCCCGCCGCGGCGCCCGCCGCGGCCCCGCCGACCUCGGCGCCAGUCGAGCCCGGCCCAGUCCCGGCAGAGACGGAGGAGAAGCGGAAAGACCUAGAGUUGGCUUGGCGAAGGCAGCUCGCAGCAGCCUUCCGUGAACUGCGGCGCAGUGAGCAUGUGAAGCAUGCACUGGAAGUCGCCUGCCCUGGCAUGGUGGAAAAGGCGGUGGCUGCUGACGCCCAGGCCGAGAAAGAAGAGACGCCAGAGGACCAGGAGCAGGAUGCUGACCUCCUGUCGCUUGGCAUCGGCCCGGAGCACGUGAAGCGCUUGUACGACGAGCUCCAAAGACUGCUGGAGCAGGCGGAGAAGGGCGCAGCCAAGCCUCGGGCCUUGGUCCGGGCGAUGCAGAUGCUCUUCUUAGCCGAAUCGAUCAGUGAUGCAGUUGCCUCGCUGAAACCGGAGACUGCGGACGAGGAGGCCUUGUCGCAACUCACCGAGCGAACCCAAGAAUUCGCCCCUGCCCUGGAUGCCAUGCGCUCGCUGGCCCGGGUUCCUCCGGUCGCCGUUUCGUCAGUGGCAUCAUAG